GUUUAUGGGGGGCCGGCAGUGUGUGGGCUGUAGACGCAGGGAGUGUGAUCGCGCCUUGAUUAUGCAAAAAACAAACAACAAGUGGCCCGGGAGCGCUGUCGAAGAGUGCAGCAAAACAUAUAGCGGUAAACGUACGUACACACAUACGUAAAACAAGUUUCAACGCCACUGCGCCGCUCAAAAAUACUUAGCGCUGGCUGGCCCCGGCUGCCAUGGAGUUCAUUAGCCAGUUUAUACGCCAGGCGAGCAGACGCGCCAUCGGAAUCAGACCGAUCCUCCAGAGAAAUUACACAAAUCCAACUAGCCACAGCACCAUGGACACCACAGUUCACUCGGCAGGAAUAGCGGAGAUCCACCAUGUACCCAUGAGUGUGAUCAAGCGGCCAAUACCUUCCGUCCUGGAUGAGCAGAAAGUGGCAUCGCUAAUGGAGACCAUAAAGCACGAAGAAAGUGAGGCGGCGGAGGUGCCACCCAUCGAUCUGCUUUGGAUAACAGGCAGCGAGGGCGGCGACUACUACUUCAGCUUCGGUGGCUGCCACCGGUUCGAGGCCUACAAGCGGCUCCAGCGGGAGACCAUCAAGGCCAAGCUGGUGCGCUCCACACUGGGGGAUCUCUACCACUACAUGGGCUCCAGUGCGCCCAAGUACCUGGUAUAAGCCUAAUCUAUGUUGUUUGUGCAAUGUUUUCUUUGUUUUCGUUAUUUUUUUACCUUUAUUUCAAGCUUAUCGCUGGACUCUAAAUAUAAAUGCCUUAAAUAUAAACAUAAGAUAUAGUACUGGCCUCUAAGAUUAAAUACAAGUGCCUUAAAAACAUA